GCUCUCUGCCUCCUGCUCUUUUUUGUUAAGCAAAGAACCCGCGUGCAGCUGCUCCUCCCGCUUCACUCCUCCCACGGGCAGCCCGUGCGCGCACACAGCGGCGCGGGGUUGGAACGGCAGCGGAUCGGCGGCGCGCCGCGGCCCCGAUGGCGGCGUGGAAGGACGGCGCGGCGCAGGAGAAGUACCGGCUGGUGGUGGUGGGCGGCGGCGGCGUGGGCAAGUCCGCGCUCACCAUCCAGUUCAUCCAGUCUUACUUCGUGACGGACUACGACCCCACGAUCGAGGACUCGUACACGAAGCAGUGCGUGAUAGACGAGCGAGCCGCCCGUCUGGACAUCCUGGACACGGCAGGACAGGAGGAGUUCGGGGCCAUGCGAGAACAAUACAUGCGAACGGGGGAGGGGUUCCUGCUGGUCUUCUCAGUCACCGACAGAGGAAGCUUUGAGGAAAUCUACAAGUUCCAGAGGCAGAUCCUCCGGGUGAAAGACCGUGACGAGUUUCCCAUGAUCCUCGUGGGCAACAAGGCCGACCUGGAGCUGCAGAGGCAGGUGACCCAGGAGGAGGGCCAGCAGCUGGCCAGGCAGCUCAAAGUCACUUACAUGGAGGCUUCAGCCAAGAUCAGGAUGAACGUCGACCAAGCCUUCCACGAGCUGGUCAGGGUGAUCAGGAAAUUUCAGGAGCAGGAGUGCCUGUCGUCCCCGGAGCCGCACCGCAGCGAGAGCGACAGCAGCGGCUGCCACUGCGUCAUCGUCUGAGUUCCCGGAGCCCAUCUCCAACUGGCUGCUGUCGCCAGUGUGUGCCCAUGCCUUCUGACACCACGUCUCUGUGGAUCACCGCUGCCUUCUUCUCUCUGUCUUUCUCUCUCUCUCUCACUUUCUCUCACACACACACACACACACACACACACACACAC